GCUUGGCUUAGUUCUGAGCCGAUUUUCCCGACGCGCGGUCGCCUUUUUCCGUUCGCUCUCGCCUUUCGCCGACUGCCGACUACCAACUACCAACUAUCAACUGUGUGCGCAUGCGUAAAGAAAGAUAAUUCCAGGCGGAGAUCUCAAUUUUCUUUUUCGCCCGAAUCCAAAGCGCGUUGAAGCCGCGCAUGCGUGAACCGCCCAAGAAAGCGCCUUAAUGAAAACAAAAGUGAAAUCCUUGGUGCACUAGUGGCAGGACUACUCAGAUCGCCGCGAUCCACUUGCAGUGACGGCUGGCGCAUAAUAAAAUCAAUCAUAAGCCAGAAAGCGAAAGUGCAACUACCCCAUCGAAAGUGAAAGUCCGCGUGCAACGCCUCCUUCUUUCAGCUCGCUUGCCAUGUUGCCAUUGCCCAGGCACUCCAAGGAUACUUGGCUGCGGCUGGCCAUCCUGAUUCCCACCUGUUUGGCGAUUAUAGAGGGAGCAGAUGGGUUGGGAUACCCCAGUGCCCAGCAGGAGCACGACAUGCUCAUCCUGGAUGCUCUUUCCCGCAGAAGUGGAACCGGAUACUACGGCGAGAACAGCGUGAUGGAGAUGCUUUCCCGAAUGAUCCCUCAGUCGUGCCGCUUUCGUGGCCACAAGUUCGAGUGCGGCCUGUCCAUCUCAUGUGUCUUGGGCGGCGGCAAGCCAUUGGAUCUCUGCUCCGGCGGAAUGAUCUGGUCGUGUUGCGUGGACAAAGAUCUCGACGCCGAGGAGAGUCCACAUGCCGCCCCAGUGAACAACACGAGCGACAUAAUACACUUGCAUGACAUUUACCCCGAUUUGUCGACGAACGCCAACAAGCCGCAGCACCACCACCUGCACCACCACCACCAAAGUGGCAACGGCCUGUCAGCGGCCCCGUCCACCUCAUCCACGGCCUCCUCCUCAUCCUCGGCCAGACCGGCUUACCCCAGCAGCUAUUACGGCACCAAGCGACCCACUCUGUACAGCGGUGCCAAUCCCUACAAGCCGAACUCCAGUGGAGGCUCCAGCAGACCACCCUCCUCCUCCUCCUCCUCCUCAUCCAGUUUGAAUAGCUGGGAGCACGAAACCGGUGGCCACCUGGGCUCCGUCAACGGGAUCACCAACCACCUGGACAGCUUCUUCGAUGCAGAGUCACCUGCGUUGGAUUCUUCCGGGGCACCGCCAUCGCUACAUGAACCGCUUCCGAAUGCCCAGGCCUUUGCGGUGGGCAAUGUCCUGGAUUUGAACGCCGGCGAGGCGGCGGAUGAGUACCAGAGUGGAGGAGGCGGUGGCUACCACGAUGCCAACUAUCGUCCAGUGCCGGGCUGCGGAGAAGUCUACACCCGAUCCAAUCGCAUUGUGGGUGGCCAUUCCACGGGUUUCGGUUCCCAUCCUUGGCAGGUGGCGCUGAUCAAGAGCGGUUUCCUCACCAGAAAACUCAGCUGCGGUGGUGCCCUGAUCUCCAAUCGAUGGGUGGUCACUGCCGCUCAUUGUGUGGCUACCACCACCAACUCGAACAUGAAGAUCCGCUUGGGGGAAUGGGAUGUUCGUGGCCAGGAGGAGCGCCUCAACCACGAGGAGUACGGCAUCGAGCGAAAGGAGGUGCAUCCCCACUACAAUCCCGCUGAUUUCAAGAACGACGUGGCCCUAAUCCGUUUGGAUAGAAAUGUGGUCUACAAGCAGCACAUCAUUCCCGUCUGUCUGCCGCCUUCAUCCACGAAACUGACUGGCAAGAUGGCCACUGUGGCUGGAUGGGGACGAACCCGACAUGGUCAGAGUACAGUGCCUUCGGUUUUGCAGGAGGUGGACGUCGAGGUGAUCUCCAAUGAUCGCUGCCAGCGAUGGUUCCGUGCAGCAGGUCGCCGAGAGGCCAUCCAUGAUGUCUUUUUGUGCGCCGGCUACAAGGACGGAGGUCGGGAUUCGUGCCAGGGCGACAGCGGCGGGCCGCUCACGCUGACGAUGGACGGCAGGAAAACGCUGAUCGGACUCGUUUCCUGGGGCAUCGGCUGUGGGAGGGAGCACCUGCCCGGCGUGUACACAAACAUCCAGCGCUUCGUGCCCUGGAUUAACAAGGUCAUGGCCAACGACAACGCGUAGGAGCCACUGCACCAUCGAUUUUUAACCGGAAGACUGCAGUCGCCGCUCGAGGAGUCCUGCAGUCGGUGCGUCCGUUAGCCAGGCCAUGUGAUUCCUCUUCGACUCGGGGUUGCUAGUGUGUAAGAUCAAGGUCUUUGAGCCUUGUAUUUAUUUUACCUUCCAUUUGUUUUAACUUCCGAGGGAUCCCUGUACUCAAUCAACCUCACUUCGGUCGAUCCUUUCGCCUCCAUUCGUUCUCCAUUGCAUUCCACGCAUUAGAAUAAGGUUUUCGAUAUUUAUUGUACACUGCUCGACGAAAGAUUCCUACAUUUGAGAUCCACUUUCACCUAUAUUUAUGUUUAUUAUUUUAAUUAUGUGUUAAUAUACAAAUAAAGAGUAUUAAAAUUUUUACAGA